GGGGUUGGAAAACCUGCACGUCAAACUGCAUGUCAUCAAUCGUACUGUGAACAUUGUCGUCGAUGUCGCCAAUGUCGUCGACGAGCUUCCAAGUUUUCAUAGUGAAAAUCUUGAAUGAUGUCUAGGAUUUACAUCCACGACCCAAUCAUCACUCGCCCAUGCGUCGCAUCGCUCGUCGUCGCAUGGGGCUUCCUUACAUUUGAACCUUACCCCGCCAAAUUGUCUUGAGUGAUUUCACACCAAACUUUCAAACGUUGAACGUAUCAUGACAGUGACAGAUUUCGAUGUCACCUACAAAAGAAAUCAGGUUUGGAUCUUCCAUUUAACUACUGCACAUCACGGCCGUCAUGUAUUUUGACAGCUUUCAUCUUCUUUUUUCGUACUUGUCAAAAUCGUUAUUUCGUUGGGGUUCACGGUGAUUGCGCGCAGGAAACUCUCAUCCGACUUUCUAAGGUGCUGGAAACCAUUGAAAGGUAUAAUUUGAUUUACUUACAAACAGCUUGAUGCUACAACAACUAAUGCAUAAUACGACACGAGACGAUUUGAUGUGAUCGUUACAAGACUCUCGCAAGCAAAGUAUACGAAAAACUGCUGAUACAAUAACGAUACCAAUAAUAUCAUGGCAACUUGGGGAGCCUACUUUUCCUCCUACGUCAAGAAGAAUCCUGGGGUAACGACCGCAGAAAAGGAGAUUGAACCAACAAUUACACCCAUCGUACCACUAAACACCAAUACUGAUGUCAAAACUAUCGAGCCUUUACUUGGGGAGGAGGAUGGUCCAGCAGCAAACCCAAGCGAAGAUGUGAAGAAACGUUUCGAUGAAAAGUUGGGGAGUGUGGGGAAUCUUGGGAUGGGUACAGCUUCAAUAACAAGAAUGCCGACGUUAAAAUCCAAUAGUAGAGGUGCAAGGAUGGCAAAGAUGUUUGGGUACGGUACGCCCAAGGAAGAGAAGGUCGAAGAGAUAAUUUUGGAAGAUAAAGGAGAGGUGGUUUCUCCUGUGGAAGAGGUGAAAGAGAUAAAGAUUCAAGUAACACCUGAAAUGAGCAAGAUUGAAAAGUUGAUAACGGAGAGGAAAGCUGCUGCAAUCGAGUCAAGAUCUGCUUCCCCGGAAAAUACUCAGCCAAUCGAGUCGAGAUCUACUUCCCCGGAAAAUACUCAACCAAUCGAGUCGAGGUCUACUUCCCCGGAAGAUACUCAACCAGUCCAGUCGCCCCAACCUGAGCAGCCUGUCAAACCUCGUGAAUCUUCUCAGCCUACGAAUUCUUUGCGAUCUUUUCAACUUAAGCAGCAAUCGGUGCCUACAUUGUCAUUGCAAACACUGCAGCCAACUGAAUCUGUUUCAUCGGCCGAUUCAGAUUCUUCCCGAAACUCGACAACUGAGACAAUCAAUUCCAUCAGUCCAAACACACCUAUUUCAACACGGUCAUCGUUCAAAGGGGCAAGGUCCUCGACAAAACGGGCUUCCACCCGGGGUAAGACUAAGGCUUCAAUCUCUGCAUUGGAUGAUCUCAUGGCUGGUUUUGGUGAGGAAUUCAUGUCCAAUCCAUCUACUCCAAAACCUGUCGAUAAUGAGAAAGGGGUUGAAAAGCCAGCGUUGGGGAAGCCAAGGAAUCAACGGAAGCCGAAGGCUUCAAUUUCAGCACUGGAUAAUAUCAUGGCCGGAUUGAAUUCAAUGGAGCCUGCGACCGAAACUCCAACUACACGAAAAUCGACAGAAGUGCGGAAAAGCGAGAUUAGAAUUUCUGGAAUAUCGACAACUAGUAAAGAGCUGGAGCCAAUUAUGGAGCCAAUUCCGGAGCCAAUUCCGGAGCCAAUUCCGAUAGUUCUUGCUCCGGCUCCUGAAGCUUCCAAAGCGGUAUCCGAACUGCCAAAGACGACAUCACAGCCUAACGGGCUAGCAAAAAGGAAAUCGAAAGCAGUUACAAGAUUCCCAGUAGUAGUAUCCGAAGUCAGCAAACCCAUUCCAAAUAUCCCAGCACCUAUAGUAACAACAAGACCAAUUUCUUCUCUCCUCAAAGAUCAACUUAGUCCUAUUCCCCCCAAAACCCAGACAGUUACCACGAUUCCACGCUCACCCAUGAUAAAUGGUCAGCUAAGUCCCAUUCCACCGCAAUUUCGCCUUCGUCCCAAACGUUCCUUUCAAGACAUGGUAAAACUUGCUACUUCGCCUCGAUUUGCACAAGUUGCCGAACAGGCUAUUGAAGCUGAAGCCGAGAGAAAAUUGCUUCAAUAUGAAAGACAAGCUGAACAAAUGUUACUCGAGAGAGAAGAAAUGGAAGAGGAAAGAAUGAGUAUGGAAGAAAAUUUGAGAAGAAUGCAAGAAGAAGAUGAGAGGAUCGCUAAAGAGGCAAAAGAAAUGCAGGCUUUCUAUGAGGAACAGGAAAGGAUACGAAUUGAGACUGAAGCUGAAGAAGAGAGGUUAAGGAAGGAAAGGGAAGAAGUUGAGAGACAAGCGAGAAUUAAGAGGGAGAAAAGAGAAGCUGAAGAGAGGGAAGCUCGAGAGGAGGCAGAGAGGUUAACAGCACAGAUAAGAGCCUUUGAGAGAGAGCAGGAGAGGCUAGCUGAGGAGGCAGCUAGAAAAAUGAAGGAGGAGGAAAGAUUAGCGGAAAUUGCGAGGAAAGAGGCAGCUAAGAAAUUUGAAGAAGAAGAGAGACUUGCCGCGAUUGAAAGACAGGCUCAAAAGGAGAGGUUAGAGGAGGAGGAAAGAAUUGCAGCGAUCAAGAGAAAGGCCGAGAGGGAGAGAUUAGAAGAAGAACAACGUUUAGCUGCCGAGGAAGCAGCAAGAAGAUAUGAAGAGGAAGAGAGACUAGCAGAAAUCGAACGGCAAUUGGAAGAAGAGCGACUAGAAGAAGAAGAACGACUAGCUUACGAAGAACAACUUCGCGAAGAAGAGUUUGAAGAGCGUCAACGAGAAGAAGAGGAAAGAAUCUAUGCCGAAGAAGCCCGUCAACGCGAUGAAAGAAGAGAUCGAGAAGCAAGAGAGAGAAAUGAAAGAAUGGAGGCCCAAAUGAGAGAAGAAGAACGAUUGAGGGCUGAAAGAGAUGAACAGGAACGAUUACAAAUGGAAGAGGAAGAAGAGGAAAGAAGGGCUUACGAAGAACGAGUGGAGAGACAAAGACAAAGAGAUGAGAGAGAAAUGGAGAUGAAUAGGAGAAGAGAAGAACAGGAACGUGUCGCCGAACAGCAACGAUAUGAUGCACAAAUAGAAAUGGAAAGAAUGGAUAUGAUCGAGCGGGAAGAAAGAGAGAUGAUGAGAAUGCAACAGGAAAGACAAGAAGCGCAAAUGGAUAUGGAAAGAGAAGAAGCGAUUAGAUUACAGAGACAACAACAAGCGGAUGAGUUUUUGGGAGAAGAUGAUGAGGAUGAAGAUAGACCUUUGACGAGAGAAGAGGAGAUGGCGAAGGCAGAAGAGAAAAUUAGAAUGGCGUUUGCAGGGAUGGCGGCGGAGAGAUCUGGAAUGCCAAUGUCAAUGCCGGUGGUGAAGAGGGAAGAGGCAUCACAGUUUAUGCAGCCGCCAAGACAAUUGGGACCGAGACCUUCGAUUAAGGGAGGUCUGCCCGGAGGACCAAGAGGUAUGGGAUUACCUAGUGGACCGAGAAGCGGUGUUGGAUUGCCUUCUGGACCAAGAAUGAGGAAGGUAUGAGAGAUUUGAAUGCGUUGGAUAGCUGAAUGAGUGGAUGAAUGGAUGAAUGGAUGAAACUGGGUUUUUGUGAGAAGGGAAUAAGGAGUUAUUGUUUUAGUCUUAUCUACUUGCGUAUACCACCACUGCUCAUGAUGAAUAUAUCUACUUUUUUUUAUAAAACAAAACUUCUAUUAUGUGGAAUUAAAACUCGGGAUUGAAAACACA